AUGGCUGCGCCCAUGUUCAUGAGUCGUUUUCGUGCAGACGCAAGAAAGUCCAUAAUGGACAUUGAAAUGCAGCAUGUGUUAAUCAAUCCAGUCGACUCAGCAGACACUGGACUGCAAAAGUGUCGACUUGGAACACAUCUCAUUGAGCAGCUGUCAGGAACAACAGUGUUCAGAGCGAGGAAAGAUACUUGCUGUCACAGCAGUCCAACAGAUUUGAAAUGGGGGGGAGUAAGUAAAGUUGCAGGCAGUUUGCAGGACUUGAUACACCUUCCUUUGAAAUGUUCAGCUGAUUUCAAACAUCUCAGACUUCCUCUUCCAAAGGGAAUUCUUCUUCGGGGACCACCAGGUUGUGGGAAAACCUCCCUUGUUUGUAGUCUUGCACAAAAAUGUCAAGCAGCACUGGUGACAAUAAAUGGCCCUGAAAUAUUGAGUCCGCAUCCAGGGGAGAGUGAAGAGAAUGUGAGGAAAGUUUUUCAGAAGGCAUUUAGGCUGAGUCAAGAAGGGCCCUGCAUUCUCUUCAUUGAUGAGAUAGACUCAUUGUGUCCAAAACGUGGCAAGUCUGGUGGGUCUAAUGAUUCUCGUGUGACCAGUGCGGUAAUGUCAUCCAUGGACUCUCUGGUGGACUCAGAGGGUCUGGUCAUCAUAGGGGCAACCAACAGGCCCGCUGCACUUGAUCCUGCUGUUCGGAGACCAGGGAGGUUUGACAGAGAGAUUCUCAUGAAUGUUCCCAACAGAGAACAAAGAAAGGAGAUUCUUGCUGUACAUUCUGCCCGUCUGCCGCUAGAUGGAGACAUUGACCUUGACUUUCUGGCUGAUGUUACUAACGGCUAUGUUGGGGCAGAUCUGGCAUCACUGUGUAAUGAAGCAUCUUACAUAGCCAUGGCACAAGCAGAGUCAGAAGGCCAUCAGGAAACACCUUGUGUGAAGAUGUGCCACUUUCAGUCAGCUCUGCGUAAAGUUAUACCCUCUCUGCAAAAGGGAUCAGAAGGUAUAGUUGACCUCCGACCUGUGCAGUGGGAUGACAUUGGUGGACUGGAGAAUGUGAAAGCACAGAUCAAACAGGCAGUAGAAUGGCCCCUGUUGUACCCUGAAGCCUUCACCAGGAUGGGUCUCCCUGCCCCGCAGGGGGUGCUUCUGUAUGGCCCCCCAGGGUGCUGUAAGACAACACUAGUGAGGGCAGCAGCUACAGCAACACAUUCUGCAUUUCUGUCCCUCAGUGGAGCUCAGCUGUAUUCGCCAUUUGUGGGAGACUCUGAAAGGCUGGUAACAGAGGUGUUCCAAAAGUCUCGAGUCAUGGCACCUACGAUAUUGUUCCUGGAUGAGAUCGACUCCAUUGUUGGCAAGAGGUCAGAGGGCGGGUCUCAUCGAGGGGUACAAGAGCGAGUCCUGUCUACUCUUCUCAAUGAGAUGGAUGGAAUGGGGUCCGUCUAGAUGACAAGAUUGACAGGCAAUAUGCAACAGAAGCAGAAAGUGAAUAACAACAAGGUGCUGAUGGUAGCUGCCACAAACCGACCAGAUCUGGUUGAUGAUGCUAUUCUUAGACCAGGAAGGAUUGACAGAAUAAUCUAUGUCCCUCCUCCAGAUGAGAUGACUCGUCAUGAGAUUCUCAGAGUGCUGACUCGGACGAUGCCCUUAGACAAUGUGGACCUGGGUAUCCUCGCUGGGAAAACUGACUUCUACACUGGGGCGGACCUGGAGAAUAUCUGCAAGGAGGCCGCCAUGCUUGCCUUGACAGAGGACAUAGAUGCCGGGAAAGUGAAAAUGAAGGACUUCAUUAAGGCACUCGACAUUGUGAAGCCUUCCCUCAACCAGCAGCUUGUGGAUAGGUAUAGAACACUGGGAGACAGAUACAGAACCAGCUGAUGGAUGUCCUGCAACAAUAAACUGAUUAUAU